CCCCCAAAGGCUGCCGGGGCUGCAGAGAGACGGCAGCCCUGCUGCGAGACCCUCGAGUCCUCCUUUGUCCUUAGCGCUGCGUCCUGUGCGCAGGAGGAGCUCACCAGCACCAGCGUGGAGCACCUCAUCAUCAACCCCAACGCCGCCUUCGAGAAGUUCAAGGACAAGCGCCUGGGCACCGAGGGAGUGGAUUUCUCUGACCGCAUCAGCAAGAUGAGGACGACAGGCUACGAGGCUGGAGAGUACGAAAUGCUCGGUGAGGGCGUUGGUGCCAAAGAGACCCCUCAGCAGCGGUACCAGCGGCUGCAGCACGAGGUGCAGGAGCUGGUCCGGGAGGUGGAGCAGAUCCAGAGCGCGGUGAAGGAGUCGGCGGCCGAGGAGGAGCUGACGCCCAUGGCCUUGGCCAGGCAGGUGGAGGGCCUGAAACAGCAGCUGGUCUCCAGCCACCUGGAGAAGCUGCUGGGCCCUGCCGCAGCCAUCGACUUCGCAGACCCCGAAGGCGCGCUGGCCAAGCGCCUGUUGCAGCAGCUGGAGGUGGCGAAGUGCAAGAAGGCAGCGGCAGGGAAGAGCCCCGCCAAGGCGCCAGCCCCCGCCGGGGACACGCUCACCUUCGAGCUGUACUGGAGGCCAGAGCAGGACCAGUUCUCCCAGGCUGCCAAGAUUGCGGAGCUGGAGAAGCGGCUGGCACAGCUGGAGGCGACGGUGCGGUACGAGCCUGACAGCCAGAACCCACUGUUGGUCGGGCUGAAGGGGACCAGCCUCGUGGAGACCGUGCAGAUCCUCCAAGCCAAAGUGAACAUCCUGGACGUGGCUGUGCUGGACCAAGUGGAGGCCCGGCUGCAGAGCGUCCUGGCGAAGGUGAAUGAAAUUGCCAAGCACAAGGCCGUUGUGCAAGACGCUGACACCCAGAGCAAGAUCCACCAGGUCUAUGAGAUGAUGCAGCGCUGGGACCCCGUGGCCAGCAGCCUGCCCGAUGUAGUGCAGCGACUGCUGACCCUCAGGGACCUGCACGAGCAAGCCACACAGUUUGGGCAGGUCCUUGCGCACCUGGACACCACGCAGCAGGAGAUAGCUGGUGCUCUCAAGGACAACACCGUGCUACUGGCAGAGGUCCAGAAGACGAUGAAGGAAAACCUGGCCAUUGUAGAGGACAACUUUGCUGACAUAGAAGCCCGCAUCAAGCGGCUGCAAAAGUGAGAGCACCCUGGAGCACUUCCCUGAGCAUCUGCAUUCCCCCCCCCCGACAUUGUGAUCCCCUGGGAAUCACUCCCUCUGCCUGCAAGUAGCGGUCCCUGUUUGUGUAUACCUGGCCGUGCUCCCCUGCGCAGAACGGGGCUGUGGAGGGGCCCUUCCCAGCCCCCCAUUAGCACCCAGGGGUGGGUCACCGCCCCCUGUACCUGGAUUUACCCCAAUAAAUGUCCUGGUUCAAAGCG